UCCAAAGCUACAAUGGCUUUGGAAAUCACUCCCUCGACUCAAGCGCUAUUACGAGAUCAUCCAUUGAAAAUGGUGACAAUUUAUGGUUUGCGGUGCUUGACCGCGAAACCAUGAGAGUUUUCGUGCUCCCAAAGGGCACUCAAGGGUGGGUGUUAGCGUACAGUAUCAGUGUUAAAUCGCUCUUGAAUGACACGGCCUCAUCAGGAAAGAGGAGUAGAGGGCGGAUAUUCUUCAGUGGCUUGGUUCCAAUGAAUAAUAAGAGGACUCCGGUUGCUGUAAUCCGGAGGGAAGAAUUCUGGGGGGUAUUUCUUUACGACUUCGACACCAAAGCCGUUCAAUCUGUGUCAUAUUAUGGACAUUCCAUUGCCACCAAAUGGAAAGCACUCAUCCAUGGCUCUGGUUUUCUAGCUCAUUAUCCCUAUUUACGGCCUUCAUCUCUUUCUACAUUCGCUCUUUAAGUGAUAGAUUUCCUAAUUGAUAAAUUAGUUUAGCACUUCAUAUAUUUUUAUAUUUGUAGUUCUUAUUUAAGCUUUACUUCUCAUGUAACGACGUUUGACAUCAAUGCUGAGUUCAUGGUAUU